GGGCGGACGUUUGACUUGACAGUGACUCAGCCAGAAGUCUCUGAAACCUACGCGCGGUUGGCAAGGUCAGGUGUGAGGGGAAAAUGGCCGGAUCGUUGUCUUUGCUCCGCUCUGGUGUUAGAAACGUACUUUAUGUGCAGAUGCGCCGAUCCUCUGAUCAGUUAGGAGAAUUGGGUAAAGGUGCUGGAAAGGGAGGUGGUGGUGGAGGUUCAGUGAGAGAGGCAGGAGGAGCCUUUGGCAAACGUCAAGCUGCAGAGGAGGAGAGGUAUUUUCGGCAGAAGGAGCAUGAACAGAUUGCUGCUCUGAAAAAACACCAUGAGGAAGAAAUUGACCAUCACAAGAACGAGAUUCAUCGUUUGCAAAAGGAGAUUGAGAGACACAAGAACAAAAUUAAGAAUCUUAAGGAUGAUGACUGAGACGGUUAAUUAUGGCUCUGCUGUGUUUGCUUUUUGGUUGGAGUAAUAUAACAUACCGUACGUUUGCUCCCGUGUGACACUUUUGUGAUAGCCUGCAUUUAUUUCAAUAAAAUAUAAACUUUA